CACAUAAUUUAAGAUGUCUGUUUAAACCAUUGUCAGUUUGAGAUACCAAGACUAAUCCAUCUCAAAGCUCAGGUUUGUCUUAACCACAGGAUACAUCUCAUUUCUCUGAAACUCAAAAUCCCUCCAGCACAGCCUGAGUAAGGAAGAAAGUGGUUUCCUUCCUAACUGCUUGUUUUCCUUCAGACAGCCCCGUUGUUACCUUAAAACUUAGUGUAUUACCCUCAUCUCUUAACUCCAUCUAUGUUUUGUUUAAAGAUAAUGGCAGUUCAAAGGUACAUGUACUUAUACAGCCUAAAAAACAUUUUGAAGCAGUCUGUAUUAACUACAGACCACAAGACAUGUAUUUGGUGUGCUUAUCUUACUUUCACAGACGUAUGGGACUGACAGUCAUAAGACCUAGAAGAAGCCUUUAGAAAUGUGUACAGCCUUCUGUACAAAAGGGGUUCAUACUCUGAACUGAAACAAUCAGGCAAGAGUGGUUUGUCUCUGAGUUAUCUUGCAGUGAGUGAUGUACUUUGAAAUUCUGUGUUGCAAUGCGCAGCAGUAAAGGUAUAAAUUUCCCACAGAUACAAAAGAACUGUGCUCAGAGGGAUUGGAGGUAAAGAUUACUGCUGCAAGCUGAAAUCAUGGGACAGGAGAGUGUCCUGUGGGACACAUGAUGGCUUUUGGAUCAACUCUGGUUCUGCAUUUCUGUCAUAAAAGACCACACAGCCUUUUCAUUUUGCAUGAAUGAGCAGGGCCUGUGUGUGUGAUACCAUAAACCAGAUCAAAGAAAGAAAUGGGUAGGUGCUGAGAGGCAAGUGAAACUCUCCUAAGAAUACAUAAAAGAAGACUCAGUUCUGCAGAUUCACAAGAACAGAAAAACUCAGAACAUCAAGACUCUCAAGUCCCUCAAGGCCACAAGCAGAUCAUGAUACCAGGUAAGAGUCAGUGAGUGUCUGAGUGUGAGGCAAUAACUGAAAGUAAUGUGUGAAUUGUUAUCUGCUAUUAAUAAUAACAGCUUGAUUCUACUAAUAGUCUACCUAGUAAGAAGCGAUCUAAUAUACAUUAAUUGUGAUCUUUUUCUCUCCUGACUUGAAUACAAACCAGUAAAAUUUACAAAUUUACCCAUGAAACCAUCACAUCCUUGCUUGACUCUCUAGGACUAGUACAGGCUCAUUAGUGGUUGCCUGCCUGAGUCCCAUCUGUACCUCACUGACCAAUAAAUAUUCCACUAAUCCUGCUCAUUGUCCCUUCACUGACCUGCCUACUUUGCAUUGUGUUGAUAAUAGUAUAGGGAAGUCUGAGAUGUUGCAUAUCCUCAGGGCAGAGUUUGUUGUCAAGUACCAGAUUAAAAUGCCCUGUGGUCACUAUGAAAUAAGGCCUUUCUGUCUGCUCUACAGCAAUCUGCUCUUGUAUCUGCAGCAAAAGGAUGAUUUAUUCAGAGGAUCUGUUGUGGUAAUUCCUGAACAAUGGAAAAGGGAUUUAAGGGGACCACUGGAGUCAUCAAAUCCACACUUGUGUUAACUGAAUGAAACAUGCCCAAUAGUUCCUUUCAGUGACCUUGGUCAUUACUGCAGAAGUUUUCUGUCACCAUUUUUCCUCAGAGCUAAUUCCAGGCCCUUAUUUUUCUCAUUCCUUGUGAUAUCCAGUCUUAAAUGUCUCAUAACAACUUUAUGCUUUUCUUUAUAUUAUAUAGUCUUUGUUCCAGUUUGUGUUGACCUGUCUCAAAAUACUUAGAAGCAGAAGUUUGUUCUUUGUUAGGCUGACAACUUUUUGAAGUCUCUUCAUUACCUUUUGACUGUAAAAUGGACUUUGUACUCAUCUGAUCAUCCCUGAAGACAUUCUUUGUAUUGUUCCAAUUCUAGCACAUCAUUCUGGUAAGCAAAGUGUUGUGUUCAGUUUCUUAAGCAAAAUAUCUCAGUUGUUCUGCUGUUUCCUGUUUGAUUUUCCCAGAAUCAUAGCGCCACUUUAGUUAGAAAAGAUGUUAAUAUCAUCAAGUCCAACCAUUAACCUAGCACAAAACCUAAGGGCCUGUGGAAACCUAUGUUUGUCAUCUACAUAUCUUUGAAAUAAAUGUGUGGGUGGCAACUCAGUCACUUUCCCAGGGAGUCUGUCCCAGUGCUUGACAACUCUGUCAGUGAAGAAUUUUUUCCCAAUGUCUCACCUGAGCCUCAUCAAGCACAACGUGAGGUAAUUUUCUUUCAUGCUGUCUCUUCUAACACUCAUGGGCACUGGCACAUACCCGUCUACAAAGACACAGUGCCCAUAGAAGAGGCACUGGUCAUCAAGGGCUUGUACACUGAGAAACAGAUCUUAUUCUACAGCUUCCUGGAGUGGGUUUAAAACAACAGUGAGAAUUCAGUUGGUGGACACCAAUCAGCAAAGACUAGUGCUAAGUGAAACCACUGAACUUCAGUAUAGGAGCCAACAUGAUAAUGCAUACCUUACCUAUCUCUCAUUAGCACAUCUGUAGUGGGAUUUUCCCCACUUUGACCACAUUUCCAAUGGAGUUUCUGGUUUUCAGAGGUCUGUAUCACAUAGCAGAAGCAGGAUGCUCUGCAAGGGAAGGUCAGCCAGUAACUGAAGCUGACAGCAAACUAGGCAUGAAACACGAUCCUCACAAGAGUUGCAGUUCCAUAAUACCUGAAAAUAAAACCCCUCCAGAAUAGGUCAGCAACAGCAGCAAUGUUAAGGCAGUAAUCCAGGCAAUCCAGACAAAACCAAGAUCAAGCCAUAAAGUCAAGUCAGCAGAUCAGGGUCAGAUAUCAGCAAAGUUCAUGGCCAGACUUCAGCCUGGCUGCCCUGUAGCUCUAGCAGAGACCAUAGGCGAGUGGCUGAGUGGCUGAGCUCCUGAGCAAAGAACAGGCAGCCUCCAGCCAGACUCUCUGCUCUUCCUCUCAGCUCUUUCUGCAGCAGUCUGACCCAAGGCUGUCCUGCUGCAAAGUUACACAGAACUUGAACAAGCAAAGCCAAAUGAGAAGAGGAAGAGGUUGCAAAGAUUGGUGUUCUAAGGACUCAACAGCAUGGAUGUUACUGAACUCGGGAUUCUGGAUAAAGAACAGAUAGAUGCCACCAGAGAAAAGGAGGAUGCUGUCAUUCUCAUCCCAUCACUCAUAACAGUAAAUUUAGACUGGUGUGAACAGCAUUCUGCAACUUGUUCCAGUUGUCAGAAUGAGCCAAGUAGCCAUUUUUAAUUAACAGUAGCUUUUAUUUCCCUAAAAUUGGCAUUCUACGGUAAAUGAGAGAGGGAGUAGAACUGCCAGCAGUGGUCCCCUAAAACAAAAAGAAACACAGCAGAGGAAACAUGAAGGCCUGUAAUGCAAACCCUAAGGAAGAUUUAUUUUAAGAGCUUCUGCCCAAAAAGUUUUGACCAAAUAAGGAAGCCUUAAGCCUGCCCCAAAGACAGAGAGGGUAUAGCUUUUUACUUACCGAACCACCUCUAGUUAUAAACACCAUUUCCGUUGAUUGGAGUAAAAUUCAUCCCAAUGAGACCAAUAAGCUACAAAUUAAAGGAAUUUUCUUUGCCUUUUUUUCUUCUGAAGUGAUUAAUAAAUGACCAGUGUUCUGCACGUUAAUAUUCCUUUGUCAGGUGGGAAAUAACACCUUGCGCACAGCUCUGCCUGUGCCACCAGUGUUGCUCCCUCAGUAAAACAAUUCCAAUGAUGACAUCAGGUACAUAAUCAUUCUUCAUAUAAGGUCACAAGUACACUUUUUGAAUUUUAUUGGACGUUUUGGUUCCUUCAGAUUGGAGAUGAAUCUUCUGAUAAUGUCUAAAAAGGUGAAGAAUAUUUCUAUUGGUUCCUUCAGGUAGCUCAUGCUAGCACGUGAAUCUAUAUAUUUCCUCCUUUGCAGUCAUUUGUGAGAUACAGGAAUGCCCAGCCAGAGUUUUAUCUAGGCAGUGCCUGGAGAGUGAAGUUUCAUCCAUCUGCGGUCAGGAUGGCAGCAAAACGACAUCUUUCAGCUCCAGUGCUGUGGCUGAUUCUCCUCUCCAUUCAGCUCUCCCUGGGCGCUGAUGAAUUGAGGCUGUCAAACGGAACUGGCCCCUGCUCUGGGAGAGUGGAAGUAAAACAUAAGGAGCAGUGGGGAACUGUGUGUGAUGGUGACUGGACCAUAAAGGAUGCUGAGGUUGUCUGUAAGCAGCUACAAUGUGGAUUUGCUGUUAAGGCCCUUAAUCGAGCUCCUUUUGGAGAAGGAACUGGACCAACGUGGUUGUACCGAGUUGAUUGCCAUGGUGAUGAAUCUGCUCUCUGGAACUGCACACAUACAGGAUGGGGUGCUUUUACCUGCCCUCAUUACUUUGAUAUUGGAGUGAUCUGCUCAGGUUUCUCUGAUCUGCGUCUGACUGGAGGGGGCACUGCCUGCUCAGGACAUCUGAAAGUAAAGCAAGAGGAAACUUGGGCCACUGUCUGUUUCUCACACAUUAAUUUCAAAACUGCCUCUGUUAUAUGUAAUGAGUUAGAGUGUGGCCAGGCUGUGGAUACCUUGAGAGGAACUCACUUUGGAGACAGGCAUGAACUGAUCUGGCAAGAAGAGUUUCACUGUGAAGGGAAUGAGACUCACCUUGCAGACUGUCCCAGGAACAUACAUCGUACUAACACAUGCUCUCAUGAUGCCUCUAUUGUGUGUUCAGGCUACGGUGGGUACAGGCUGGCAAAUGGCAGUACCACAUGCUCAGGGAGAGUAGAGCUUCUUCAUGGAGGCACAUGGGGAACGCUGUGUGACUACACAUGGGAUUUACCAGCUGCCAAUAUCCUCUGCCAGCAUCUAGACUGUGGAGUUGCACUACUGAUACCAAGUGGAUGGUCCUUUGGGGAAGGAAAUGGAUCUGUUUGGAACGGCACAUUCAGCUGCCAGGAGAAUGGCUCGCUCCUGAGAGACUGUCCCGUGCGCGCUCUAGGUCAUGAUGAAUGCCCUGCUGGAAAAGAGGCUCGUGUUGUCUGUUCAGGGUGUCCAGGGGGCAGGUUAGUGAAUGGCACCACAUGCUCUGGCAUAGUGGAGAUCCGCCAUGGAGACACAUGGGGAAGACUCUGCCACUCCCACUGGAAUUUGCAAGCUGCCAGUGUUCUCUGCCAUCAGCUGAACUGUGGAUAUGCAAAGUCAAUCCAGAUGGAAGAUGGUUUUGUGGAAGGAAAUGGGACUAUGUGGAGAGAUGCUUUUCACUGUGAAGGGACAGAAUCCUGCCUAUGGGAUUGUACUCAAGUGACUUUGGGUAAUCCAACCUGUUCAGCCAAAGAGGCAGCCACUGUAACUUGCUCAGGUCUUGCUGAAUCACUCAGACUCUCAGGGGGUGAGAGCCGCUGUGAUGGGCGAGUUGAGAUCUCCCUCCAUGGUGCGUGGAGCAGAGUCCUGGAUGAUGACUGGGACAUUAAGGAUGCCCAUGUGGUGUGCAGACAGCUCCAGUGUGGAACUGCUGAGAAAGCCUAUUACCUUCCAAAGUCUGAGCGAGGUAUGGGUGUUGUUGGCCUAAGGAGUGUCCAGUGUACUGGAAACGAGACUCAGCUGAUGCUCUGCAACACCUCCCAUUAUCAGACAGAGCCAAUGGGAGUUUCUGAAGAUGUUGGUGUGAUUUGUUCAGGCAGCAGACAGAUGAGGUUGGUGAAUGGAACAAACCGCUGUGCUGGGAGAGUAGAGCUUUAUCAUCAUGGCAUCUGGGGCACCAUCUGUGAUGAUAACUGGGAUCUAUCAGAUGCCAAUGUCAUUUGCAAACAGCUUGGAUGUGGGCAUGCCAUUGAGGCAUUUGUCUCUGCUCAUUAUGGUGAAGGGUCAGGGCAGAUCUGGAUGGAUGAUGUGAAUUGCACUGGGGCUGAAUCUGAUCUCUGGGCAUGCCCCUCUAGGGCAUGGGGCCAGCACAACUGCCAACACAAAGAGGAUGCUGGAGUCCUCUGCUCAGAUUUCCUGGCUCUGAGGCUGGCGAAUGGCAACGACUGUGCUGGACGUGUAGAAGUUUUCUACAACGGGACGUGGGGGAGCGUUUGUUCCAAUAGCAUGUCCCAGCUCACUGCAGUAACCAUGUGCAAACACCUGGGCUGUGGAGAUGGAGGAGCAAUAGCCACGGACUUCAAAUACGGCAGAGGGUCUGGGCCCACGUGGCUGGACCACAUUGAGUGCACUGAGCAGCACAGCUCGCUCUGGCAAUGUCAGUCAGACCCCUGGGAUCCUCAGUCGUGCAAUAACCGAGCUGAAGAGACCCACAUUACUUGCACUGGAAGAAAGGAGGCAAUAUCUCCAUCUGCAUUUGCUGAGUGUCCAAACUCUACAAGUUGUUCAGACAGGGAGAAGUUACGAGUCGUGGGAGGGGAGGAUGAAUGUUCAGGCAGAGUGGAGAUGUGGCACCAAGGAUCCUGGGGAACAAUCUGUGAUGACACCUGGGACGUGGCAGAUGCCCAUGUUGUAUGCAGGCAGCUGGGCUGUGGAUCUGGUGUGUCUGCUCUGAGUGAGGCUGCCUUUGGGGAAGGGACUGGUCCCAUCUGGUUGGAGAAGGUGCACUGUAAAGGAACAGAGCUGUCUCUUUGGGACUGUCCUGCCAAGCCUUUGUUUGGUAAAAACUGUGAUCAUAAGGAAGAUGCUGCUGUGAAUUGCUCUGGCGUGACAAAAACAACAGCACCACCCACAAGAGCAGAUCGUCCCCGCCGCCCUGCCACAGGCAGUACAAGACUUUCAGUACCUGUCAUCCUCUGCAUUAUCCUGGGGACCCUUCUCUGCCUGGUCCUUGCCAUUCUUGCUGGGCAGAUCCGACGUGCUAGGGCACAGCAGAGAGUGAAAGAGCCCAGCGGUGCUUAUCCUCAGUCAGCACCUCUGAGUGCCUUUCUAGGUAUCAACCAGGCUAUGUAGACCUAGGUAAGGCACUUCUUUUCAUGGCCCCAGCCUGAGUAGUAUGAUCAGAGACUGUUAAAGUGAUCAUUACCUUUUACUUUCAGGCUACAGACUAUCCUAUGACCCCUUCUCCGAGGCUGUCUAUGA